AUGAAAACAAAGAAUAUCGCCUGGUUAGAAAAACAAUUUCAACGAUUAUCAUCUCAAUUUAUACAAUACUCGUACGAAACAAUGGUCAUGAAUCGAUCCACAAUAGCAAUGGCAAACAAUUCAAUAAUCAUGGACAAAUGUCGACAAAACAAUAAUCAGAUUAAAUCAUCGAUCAUGAAUACAGAUUUAGAGCUAAUUUGUGCCAUCAAACAUAUUCAUGAAACAAAAUUGAAUCUUUUAUAUUGGCUAUUGAUAGAUUUCAAUGAUAUAAUAUUAACAUUUUAUGAUCGAAUAAUAAUUGAUUGUAAAAAUUGGACAAUUUGCCAUUCGGAUGAUCAAAUCAUACGAAAUGAAGCAUGUCGGCUAUUGAAUUAUAUACAAAUAAAUUCAAAUUGUAAUCAACAAUUAUUGAUCAAAAUGAUACAGAUUGAAAUACAGAAAAGAUUUCCAACACGUUGGCAUAAUAAACUUUUACAAGUAUUGAAUACUGGUGGUAUAUCAGCAUUACAAUAUGUAUUACGACAAUUGUGCCGUAUUGACGUACAUUUAACAUCAUUAUUGAGUGGUGAAAUUGUAUCGAUUAUACGUGAAAAUCAAAAAUCAUCAUCAUCAUCAUCAUCAUCAUUCAAUGGUCAAAUGGAAAGACGACAAAAUUACAUUAUUCUUAAUGUGCUUACUUUUUAUCUGGCCACAGUAGAACAAUAUCUAUUAUUGGCGAAGUGAGAUUGCAAUGAAUUUAUUCAAAUUUUUUUGUUUUUCAAAACUUUUA